AUGGCUGAUAAAGGUGCUACUCUCGACAUGUCGCUGUUCUUCGGGACACCCGAAGAAAAGCAAUACUUCUGCACAGAGCUCCUUCGUCUACUGAAGUUGAGGGGUGGUGUCAAAAUUCAGAACCACAGCAUUCCCGACGAAGACAUUCACAAGCUGUUCGACAUGAGUCGCAAGUUCUUCGCACUUCCCCUUGACACCAAGAUGAUAGCCAAGCACCCUCCCCAAGCCAACCCCAACCGCGGAUACAGCUUCGUCGGCCAGGAGAAUGUUGGAAACAUUAGCGGCUACGAAAAGGGCCUUGGCCCGAACAAGACUCGUGAUAUCAAGGAAACCCUCGACAUGGGCAGCGCUCAAGAUGAUCUUGUCGACAACCUCUGGGUUCCUGAUGACAGUCUUCCCGGUUUCCGUAGCUUCAUGGAAUAUUUCUACGAGAAAGCAUUCAAGACGGAGAUGCAGCUACUAUCUGCACUCGCCAUUGCCCUCGGCAUCUCUGAGGACCACAUCAAGGCGCUCCACAACCGCGCCGAGAAUGAGUUCCGCUUGCUCCACUACCCGGCCAUUCCGGCUUCGGACCUUGCGGACGGCACCGCCACUCGCAUCGCCGAACAUACCGACUUUGGCACCAUCACUAUGCUCUUCCAGGACUCUGUUGGAGGUCUCCAGGUCGAGGACCAGACCCAGCCAGGCGAAUUCCGAAGUGUCGAAUCGUCCGCUCCAACGGACAUCAUUCUCAACAUUGGCGACUCUCUUCAGCGUCUCACCAACGACACCUUCCGGGCGGCGUGUCAUAGGGUGACGUACCCGCCUGCGAUCAAGGCCGGAGACAACGUCGAGAUUCCUGAGAGAUACUCGAUCGCGUACUUUGUGAAGCCGAACCGCCAUGCUUCCCUACUUCCUUUGAAGGAGUUUAUCACCGAUGCUACGCCUUGCCGAUACGAAGACGUCACCGCUUGGGAAUGGAACAAUCGUAGGAUCACCAAGUUGUUUACCUAA